CCACUUCUCUCUGCUGCUCGCCUGCAUGCUGCCUCUCUCCCUCACCCCGCCCGCCUUCCUCUCCUGCUCGCACUCGCCAAUCCAAGCCUGCCACGUGGCACCCUUUGCGGGGCUGCUCAGUGUUGGCAUCGGGGAUACCAUGCACCAAACCCUUCGCCUUGUCCCCCCACCAGGCGCCCAUGGCAGCGAGCGUGGUGGCGUGUGUCUUCUCUGCGCUGCUGGAGGCGUUCACUCACCAGCUCGACAACGCCUUCAUCCCCCUCCUGCACUUCGCCCUCUCUAG